AUGACAGACCGGACGAAUGAAGCCAGCGACAAACCCGGCGCGCGAUGGAACUUGUCCGACCAACUUGUCAACAGCCCGGACUCUGAGCUACCCAAAAAACCACAGGACCAACCCUUGAAUCGCGCUUGUGAGGCAUGCCGCAUCUCAAAGGUUCGAUGUCUCAUGAAUCCAGACACGAGCUCGUCGCAAUGCCAACGAUGCGCCAAGGCCAAUCGGACUUGCGUUUUUGCGCCGCCUGCUAAGAGGAGACAACGAAAAAGAACAGAUGUGCGAGUAACGGAAUUGGAGAAGGAAAUACAGCAGAUGCGCAGUCUCUUGAAGACAAAUACCACCAGAUCAUCCAAUGACGUCAGCGAACAUGAAUCUGAAGACGAGUCAGACGACCAAGCACAUACAGGAGAAAAGAGAAAACCCCCGAGCGUCCAAAGUCAAUCGGCUGGGACGACGUCGACGUAUUCUGUAUUUACGGCCCCCGUCAGCACAGGACCAAUGGCCGAUGCUGCCGUCACUGGCGCGCCAACAGACUUUUUCGGGUCUUCUGAAAACGACAUAAUCGAUCGCAAUGUUGUCUCUGAAGACAUGGCACGGGAGCUUUUGACUAUCUGGCGCAAUGAGCUCGUUACUGCUUGUCCGGGCAUAACCAUACCUAAACAUUGGGAUGUCCUCGAUCUUCGGUCAAAUAAGCCGGCACUGUUCCACGCAAUCAUGGCCGCAGCUGCUCACUCAAAAGGCUCCGCUUUGUCAGACAGACUCCAUGAGGAGACAGUUCUCUUGUACGCUCGAUCUGCGUUCAUCAAAGGGGAGAAGUCAGUCCAAGCUAUUCAGGCGCUGAUUGUCACUGUUUCUUACUAUUCGCCUUCAAAGACGCCUGGCCACCUUCAGAUUUACCAGUGGGUUAACAUGGCAGCAUCAAUGGCGCUCGAGCUGGGCUUGACUUCCAAGCCCAGAACGCACGAACAGCUGCCUAAACGUGCGAUCAGAACACUACACAAGAUCUCCUCACCAGAGGAACUACUUGAGCACUGUCGUACUAUCCUGUUGCUAUACAUUAUCAGCGCGGGCUUUUCGAUGAGAUUGAAGCGACCCAAUAUCCUACUCUUCAACAGCUGGAUGGAAGAAUGUUCCAACAUUCUAGAAAAGUCGAAGCUUUUGGAUGACAAAAGGAUCCUCGCGUGGCUAAAACUACAAAGAAUAGCUGAUGAAGCUAAUACCGCGUUUGGCUUCGACGAUGCGAGUACUAGUUUCACUCUCUCGGAACUGCGGAUGCAAAUCAUCCUGCGCAUCUUCGAUCGGAGGAUGCAAGAUUGGAGGAAGUCGGUCCCCGACGAUGUCAUGACACUGAACCUCGAGCUAGAGUAUCACGCAGAUAUGCUUUCCAUGUGGGAGUUUGGCAUGGACGGAGGCCGCUAUGAUGUCAUCGAGUUCAGGAACAGAUACGUCACUCUGCCCGCGUUAGACGACGACUGUGUACAACCAGAGUCCCUCCUCUCCCGAUCAGCCCUCCAAAUCAACGCCACUACCAAAUGCAUAAGCGCAGCACAUGCCAUGCUAGACAGCUUCAUUGCAGUCCCAACCGACAAAUUACGAAAAUCACCAAACGCCCUCUACGUCCGAGCGGUUUAUUCGCUAGUCACAUUGCUGAAAGCCGACUAUGCCGUCGGAACCGACGCGGAGAUGGGCGAGUUAUUCGAAAGCCAGAACCUCAAAGUGCAAUUUUAUCUUGAUACGGUGCUGAAGAAAACAAAAGAGGCAGCAGGACCGCAAGAGUGCCGAAACCCAAGUCACUGGAACUUUUUGCUCGAAGCAAAACUGAAGAGCUGGUGGGACGAAUACCGGGAGUGGCGGAAAGAAGGUAGAGACCAAAAACGAAGAAAGACAAAGUCAGGCGACGAUAGCGAUCCAACGACUGGAAACCAAACACCAGCGUUUGUAGAGCCCAGUUCACAACAUGGAACAGCAUCCCCAGUCAACCCAUCGCUUGUCACCACAUCACAACAACAACAUCAACAUCAUCCUCAUCCCCCACAAGCACUACAAAUGCCAAAUUUCAACAUCACAAACUCGUAUCCUACCCAGCCAACGUGGAAUACGAACGAAUUGGGCCUCGACACAACAACCCCAGCACAACAACAGCCUGUGGGUGACCAAGCAGCAUACACACAUGAAAUGGGAGAUUUUUCAGCCGCGUUUCAAAACGGCGAUUUGUAUCUUUGGAAUGAUCUCACGGCUGAUAACUUUAACGGGUGGGUUCCGCAGAAUGGGCCAUACGGGGGGAUGGGAUUUGGGGGGAUGAAUAGUCAGGGUUUCUGAACAAUAUCCUCGUGGAGCGGUUCAUUUGACGAGUUUCUUGUAGAAGUAGUUUUCCGAUUUAGGAUUGUAUAAUUUUACCGUUGGAAAUUA